AAGGACUGUGUGUUAACACAGAAGAUCAUGCAUUGAUUGGGGACCGCCCUGAAAGACGCCGUGGUGACAAAAAAAAGGGGCUUUUUGGAGAAAAAAAAACAUGACGGGAAAACAAGGCGAGGUGAUGUCGGAAAGUUUAAAUCUGUCGGAGAAAACCUCUCUGGGUGCAAAUGGAGGGAGUAACAAUAACAGUCACCAGGCAAAGAGCAGCGUCGCAUCCCAUCCGCCCCACAGGUGCACCGGCUUCGGCAUCCAGGAGAUCCUGGGACUGAAUAAAGAGCCGUCGGUGACACCGAGGAGCCCGCUGGGCGCGCUGCCGGCCGGAGCGCACCUCAUCGCGGCCAGGUCCAUGCUGGGCCCCGCCGGCAUGGGAGUCGGCAUGGGAUUAAUCGGCCCUGGUGGAAUUCCGUCCUUUUACAGCCAGCCAGCGUUUCUGGAGACGAUGCUGUCGGACGGACAGGACGUUCACCUGCAGCCCCACAGCAGGUCGGCGGGCCCGCUGGACACCAGCCAGUCCGCCAGCUCAGAUUCCGAGGAUUUAUCUUCAAAUGAACGCAAACUCUCAAAGUCAUCAGUCAGUCAGAACAAGAAACGCAAGAAAAGACGUCACCGGACCAUAUUUACAUCAUAUCAACUGGAAGAGCUGGAAAAGGCCUUUAAUGAAGCUCACUACCCGGAUGUUUAUGCCCGAGAGAUGUUGGCCAUGAAAACAGAGCUGCCUGAGGACAGGAUACAGGUAUGGUUUCAGAACCGCAGAGCCAAGUGGAGGAAGAGGGAGAAGUGCUGGGGCCGCAGCACAGUGAUGGCUGAGUAUGGGCUGUACGGAGCCAUGGUGAGGCAUUCCAUCCCUCUCCCCGAGUCCAUCCUCAAGUCUGCUAAGGAUGGCAUCAUGGAGUCCUGCGCCCCCUGGCUGCUCGUCCAAGAUGGCUUACCAAUCAACAGACGCUAUUCUAAAUAUGAAUACCCGCAACUUUUUGCAGGGAUGCACAAAAAGUCCAUGGAGGCAGCAGUUCUCCCGCAAACAGAAAAGAGCGAUGCACCCCAGCAGCUUGGCGCUCAGAGGCCAGAGGACGCCGAGGCGGAGGAGAAGAGGUCAGAGGUCAAGUCUGCCAUUUCGAAAGAGGAAAUGAGAGAAAACAGCAUUGCCGCACUCAGGGCCAGGGCGCAGGAGCACAGCGCCAAAGUGCUGGGGACAGUUUCUCAUGACAGACUGCUGGAGGGCAAACAGGAGAGACAGGCGGCCGGGGAGAGGGCCAAUGAUCCCCCAAGUCCGGCAGAGGAGCCAAGAAGCCCUUAGAGAAUCAUAUCAAGAACCUUUGGACUAUUAUUCUCAUGAGUGAAUGCAGCGGACUGAUUGCUUUCAGCAUGAGUAAAGACGAACUGAUAUAGAUUCUCAUCCACCACUGACUUCUCUAAGCUGGCCUUCAUCUGGACUUCUGUGAUGAGACACCUCAUGUGGUUGGCUCGUGCACAAAAGACGCAAAUGCACUUUUUUCUGAUUUACCUCCACGUUUACUCUUGUUGCUUUGUCAAGAGAGCUUAGAGACGCUCUCUUGACAAAGUGGGACUAAGAAUGGUUGAUGUAUAUAAUAGACCCCGCAGUUAUACAGAGAGCCAGAUGAGAAAACAUUUAUCCAGCACAACAGUUUAAGCACAUUCAUUACUACCAAUGUCCAAUGGGAAGUCAGCGUGUGAAAGCCACAUUUUACUCUUGACAUUUGUUCUAAUCGUGCUUGUACACUUAAUAUAAAUGGUGAUAUCCUAGAUAACAACCAUCCCAAUGACGGUAGGAGAAAGAAAGUAAUUGUUGUCCCAUUCCAUUGUAUAUAAUUGAUAUAUUAAUCUCUUUCACAAAGCCACAAUUUGAAAUAUGUUUCUUGUAAUCUUUAAAAUGUCUGUGUUUUUGUUCCAAAAUAUGUAU